AGGGCAAUGUGAGCAUUUUGAACUUUGCAAAUGAAGUCGAAUCAUUUGCUGACGUCCGCCAGCACGUCGCUCAGGAAAGAGAACACCACUGUUCUGAUGAACGCACUUCUGAACCAGGGGAACGAGUUUGGGCAGUAUGCAGCUGGCACCUCGUCGCACAGCUGCCUCAGCUCCUGAAAUUGAAAUGGGAGAUGCAUGCAUAGGUUUCAAAGUGGGAGCAAUUUACGAGGAAGAAACCGAGAAAGCUAUGGGUUCCGACGUCCACCGAAUAGGAAACGCAUCUCCCGGAAAUCUGAAGCUCAAGUUCGAGGCGUCAGGCGUUUGUGCAAAGCGUGCGCCGGGAACUGCAACUCUGAAAUCUCGCAAGGACGGAAAAGUUACGGGUGAUGCACUGGUGUCCGGAUUUUUGUCUGCAUUCCAACAUCCCUACAUCAAAUUAAGCCGAACUGAUCCACCGAACAGCAUUCAUCGUCAGUAUAAAUUUGAAAUCUCACUCGACGAAAUUCCCUACAACACUCACGUCAGUUCUUAUAGGAAGGUCAUAAGAUCUAAUCCUUUCAAAUGUCGAAAGAUCUCCGUCCCAGUCGGAAGCUGGAACGUAGUAGAAAUAUCCGCGCGUUGCCACGUUUUGUGUUCCGUCGGGAGCGUCGAUUGGCACUUCGUUCUGAUCCGGCUCUGUGCCUCCGGCGUCGUAAUCUUCGUCGUCGCCGAAUCCAGUUUCAACUUCUUGUCUUUCCCGAUAUUCGCCCGUCUUCGAUCGACUGAAGAGUCGCUUGAGCCAAUUUCGAGGCUCUCUGGCAGGACGAGACGAGAUUUUCGCGAUGAAUUAAGAUUCCAGCCUGUGGCGAGUGGAUUAUUAUUGAUGAUGGAAAACCUUACGGAAAUAAAUGUCCGACGGGACAAUCCGGAACUCGCCGCACUAUCACCUCAGGAAGGGAAUCUGAAGACGGGCGUGGGUCGAGUAGUCGCCCUUGAUGUACGCCGUGCGACGAUUUAA